AUGGCAGGUCAGCAUAAUGACGUACAUGCUCAGGAGCGCGACACGGAUUUCGAUGAAGCCGCAUCCGAUGUUGACUCGACUUUCAGCGAGACGGCACCUUCGCUGAUAUCAUUGCGUUAUAGCAUUUUUGACUACGAGUUCGAGAAUGGGCGGACGUACCAUUCCAUGAGCCGAGGCAAAUACGCCUACCCAAACGACGAUAGCAUUCGCCAGCUUGAAGUUGAGCGGCUGAAACUACAGCAUCACAUCUGGUUGAUCACAUUAAAUGGAGAGCUGGCUUGCAACCCUGAGAAGCAUAAGGCGAAGAGGGUGAUGGACAUGGGGACGGGCACCGGCGUGUGGGCCAUCGAUUUCGUAUCUGAAGCCGAUGCAUACCCUGGUUCCGAGGCAAGUGAUUGUGGCAUCACGCUUGUCACAUGGCAUGAUCUGUACACUAACAAUUACAAGGUCAUUGGUGUUGACCUAAGUGCAAUUCAACCAGAAUACUUUGAGAUUGAUGACCUAGAAAAAGACUGGAAGUGGAAAAGACCGUUCGACUUCAUAUUCUGCCGAGCCAUGGCGGGAAGCUUUUUUGACUUUCCAUCCAUCAUCCGGAAGGCGUUUGAUAACCUAAAUCCAGGAGGCUGGUUCGAAAUGCAAGACCUCGAACUUCCCAUGUUUUGCACCGACGGUACCAUUACGACGGACUCCGCUCUUUGGCGGUGGCAUGCUGCUGUUGUUGAAGCCGCCAGAGCCACAGGCCGGCCGCUCGACUAUGCCCCAAAAUGCAUUCCUGACCUUCAACGUGCAGGGUUUGUUGACAUCCGACGUCGAACAGCUCGAUGGCCAUUCAACACGUGGCCACAACAUCCGAAGCUAAAGGAGAUCGGUCGCUGGCAUUGCGCGAAUCUCGAAAUGGGACUCGAAGGGUUUUCGAUGGCUCUCUUGACACGGGUAAAAGGCUGGGAUCCAGCCGAGGUAUCGGCGCUUUGUGAUGAAGCCAAGAAGGAGGUCAGGAACAUGAACAUGCAUGGCUAUUGGAACAUGUAUGUGCCCUUUCACCAGUUUGUGGCGCAAGCGGUAUAG